AUGCCUGAGGAUUUGAAAUCAAAGGCUAAGGAGAUCUGUUCGGUCAGAUUACAGCGAUCACUUUAUGGACUAAAACAGUCCGGACGCAUGUGGUAUAAUCGCUUAAGUGAAUAUUUGUUGAGUAAAGAUUACGUCAACAAUGCGAUAUGCCCUUGCGUAUUCAUUAAGAAAUCCUCGUCAGGAUUUGUGAUUAUUGCUGUAUAUGUAGAUGACCUGAACAUGAUUGGAACUCAAAAGGAAAUUGAUGAUGCAAGAACUCAUAUGAAAGAAGAGUUUGAAAUGAAAGAUCUUGGAAAGACAAAGUUUUGUCUUGGGCUCCAGAUAGAGCAUUUCCAAGAUGGUAUAUUUGUGCAUCAGUCAAAUUACACUAAAAGAGUGUUAAAACGCUUUUAUAUGGACAAAGCAACUCCUUUGAGUACUCCAAUGGUUAAUAGAUCUCUUGAUGUUGAAAAGGAUCCAUUCCGUCCUUGUGAGGAUAACGAGGAAGUGUUAGGUCCUGAAGUACCUUACAUGAGCGCUAUUGGUGGACUAAUGUAUCUUGCAAAUUGCACUAGACCAGAUAUAGCAUUCGCUACUAAUCUGCUUGCAAGAUAUAGUUCGUCCCCUACGCGCAGACAUUGGAAUGGAAUAAAACAUAUUUUUCGUUAUCUUCAAGGAUCAAUUGAUUUAGGAUUAUUUUAUCCUAAAAACUCAAAAUGUGUUUUAGUUGGUUUUGCUGAUGCAGGAUAUCUAUCAGAUCCACACAAAGCUAGAUCACAAACAGGUUAUGUUUUCACAAUUGGUGGAACCGCGGUCUCCUGGCGUUCGCAAAAGCAAACUUUGGUUGCAACGUCUUCAAAUUAUGCAGAAACUAUUGCUCUCCAUGAAGCAUGUAGAGAGUGUGUAUGGCUCCGGUCUAUGACUCAUCACAUACAAGAAUCAAGUGGAAUAGUCAUAGAGAAAGAGCCAACAAAAAUAUUUGAAGACAAUUCUGCAUGUGUCACACAACUCAAAGAAGGUUAUAUCAAGAGUGACAGAACGAAGCAUAUUCCUCCAAGAUUUUUCUCAUACACUCAAGAACUCCAGAAAAAUCAAGAAGUGGACAUCGAGUAUAUUCGUUCAAGUGACAAUGCAGCCGAUCUUUUUACAAAGGCGCUUCCUACUACAGUGUUCAAGAAGCAUGUUCACAGUAUUGGAAUGCGUCGUCUACAAAACUUUGAAAAGAAAAGAUUAUAUCUUUUCCAGGGGGAGAUUAUGCUGCGGUACUCUUUUUCCUAA